UCAUAUUGGUUUCUUAUAUUUUGAAGGACAAUUUUAAGAUUUUCAAUUAAAUUAAUUGCAGUGUACAAAUCAAUUACACCACUUUGAUACCUUUACUACACCUAUUAAAUAGUUCGAGAAUAUUAUGUCAUAAUUCACACAUAAUGGCAGUUUCUAAAUAACCGAAUACUGAGCUUAAACAAGAAGCUUGGUGUCGAGUUGAUUAUUUUUGAAAUGUAUCAUUUUGAAUUUUUUUAAACGCUUCAUUAAUAUUCUCGUAGCUUAUAAAUAACGCUUUAACAGCCUCAACAUUUACACUCCAUCUAGUAACUGAUUUGGAUUUAGGAAGUGGACAAUUUUUUACUAAAGUUUUUUUUAAAAUAUCCCAGCGUUGGGUAGAGGCGGAAAAAAUUCGUAAACUUCUUGGACAAAACCGAAAAAAGAAACUGCUUCAAUUCAAUAAUCUACAGCAGAUUGUCGAACGAGAUUCAGCGAAUAUGCAAUACACGGAAUAUAAUCAAUAAAUUAAUUGCACUUUUUUAUUUCUGCUUGCAUACCAGUAUAAUUCCCACUCAUGUUGCUAGCGUUGUCAUAGCUCUGCCCACGACAAUUUUCUAUGUUAAUAUCAUUUUCUUUCAAAAAGUUAAGGAAACACAAAGCAAGAUUUGCACCAGUAUGACUUGUAACAUAAAUAAAAGUAAUGAAACGUUCUACUGGUCCAUCAUUAUUCGUAUUAUACGAAGGAACACGUAAUAAAAAAGAAAAUAGGAUUAUCAUAAAUAAUUUUCUACGUCAUCCAGGAUGGAAUAAUAUAAAUGAUGUCGAAUUAAUUAAGUAUAGGAACAAUCAGCAUAAACUGUAUGAUUUAAUUUCUGAAACGGUAACAUCAUUAAAUUGUGAUACUUGCAUACGGCUAGCAACGAUAUUUCUUGGAUGUUCUUACGCUAGUGAUUUAGAUUUAAUGAACACUUAAUUUACUAAAUUUAAAGAACUUUGUUUAGAACAAAUAGGUUCUAGUUAUGCUAAUGCGUACAGUUGUACAGUCACACUUUUAACGAAAAUGAUUGAAAUUGUUCCGAUGGCAAAAUAUAUGAAAGGAGCUUUAGAUGCAUUAGAAAAAUAUCAUAAUGUUUACCAGAUCUGCGUAAGAAGAUACCGUUUAAUUUUAAUCAGUUUACUAACAAAAAUACAGGAAGAAGAAACUUACUUGAAUAAGUUGAUAACCAGUUCGCUUCCAAUUAAGGAAGUACUAAAGACUAUAGCGAAAAUAUUAUCGGCAAGGAGUGAUGAACUUGGUGUAGAUAAGUCAUUUUGUAAACUAAAACACUUGGAUUUUGAUUUAUUGUGGAAUUUAUGGAUUACAGAAUCCAAUACAUUAAUUGAACAAAGAAAAUUUCAAGAACUAUUUAUUUUUCUUAGUGGUAAAAUUAGUAAUUUUAUCCAAACAACAAUCACGAAAAAAUAUAGUGAACUUGGAUUUAUAUAUGAUUGGAACACUAGUCAGACAUUUUUACCUGUUCAACCAUCUACCAGUGACAAUCAUGAUAUCGCACAAAAUCCUUCUACAAAUUUUACACAAAAUACCAAUUAUGUAAAUACGCAAGAAGCAAUCCAACAAAAUGAUAUUACAACAUACCCUUCGAUACAACAUACUAAUAAUGUAGAGACACAGGAAAAUAUUAGACAAGAAAAUAACAAUUGUGAAGAGAAUGAUGAUUCAGGCGAACUAAUUAUUUAUCCCAUUGGCCGGGAACCAUUUAAUAAAUACCUUAAUUAAUUAUUAAUUAUUAAUUAAUAAAUUAAUUUUCUUGUGCUAAAUUUUUCUCAUAGUUCCAUUAUUAUAUACAAUAAUUGUGUUAAUUUAAAUGCAUGAUUUAAAUAUUUAAUAAAAAACAAUUAAUUAUUACUAACAUUACAUUUUAUUAGUAUUCUCAAGAAAUACGUGUUACUUAACAAUGUGUUAACUAAACAUUAUUUAAACGUGUUAU